ACGGAGAGAGAAGCAGGAGAGAUCAUAAGAGAAUAGAGAGUCUGGUAAGAAUUUCAACACCAAUUAAAAGAAAAAGCAAAAGGAAUGAAAGGGUGAUUCUGUCAGUACGACUGCUCUGUUAGUGUAACUCUAUCUGCUCUGAGCCGUAACAUACAGUAAUGACUUCCCAGUGAUGGGGCUACUACUUUCUACACACACACACAAACACACACACUUCUAAUGAGCACUCCGGGGCUUAUACACAAUACUGAGACUACUGUGAGUUAUUUAAAGAGAAGAGCGAUCAGACGGAAUCAGCUUUGAUCCAGAUUUGCGCUUUGGGGACUGUUGUCUUCAUAUUUAUAAGUAUGAUAUUUUACACUUUUGAUUUCUUUGACAUAUAAAAAGUUGAUUUGAUAGCGCUGAUGUGUUUACGUGAAGGUUUUUUUUUCUGCAUAUCUUUUGUGCAGUGUUCAUUAGUGCUGUGUUUUCUUGAUGAAAUGAAGGAUGUCUCUUAGGAUGUCCUACAGAGGAUUGAAAUCUUUGUGAGAGAUUGAUUAAAUUUUAAAUGCAGUCUUCAGUCACUCGUGCUCAUUCUGAGAAGUUUUAGUUGGUGAAGGAAAAACUUUAUAUGUCUGAGUGCAUUCUGGGUGAGAUCUUGAACUUUAAAAAGGCACCUGUUGAAUGAAUGUUACAGAUCCGUCAACGUCCGUUCUGUGAGCCAUGCAGCUGCUCGCUCAACUGUUCUUCUUGACUGCGACGCUUCACCUUGGUGUCGUCAUGGGUGGAAGAGCUCAGCGUAAACAGCGGCAGGCUGAAGAGAAGUUAAGGCCAUAUUUAGGCAGAGUAGACCCAGAAUCCCUGUGCCAGUUGUUGAAAUGUCACAGUCCUAUCGGUUCCUGGUGCCAAGUAGUGAAGGAGGAGGGAGUUCUCACCCCUAAAUGUGUGUGUCCAAGUACCUGCCCACGGCAGAGGGCACCAGUGUGCAGCGUUUUGGGAAAGACGUACAGCAACGAGUGUCUUCUCCACAAAGAGGCCUGCCGCAAAAAACGACGCAUUGGCAAGGCACAUAAUGGAGCUUGUCUCGUAAGUGAGACUGGAUGCUCUGAGGAAGAGUUCGGGCAGUUCCCAUACCGUCUGCUGGACUGGUUCUUACUCCUCAGCCGAAUGGGAGAGAGAUACACACCAGCAGCACCAUCACAAAGCUGCCUCUCACACACACAGCGAAUGCAGCUCGCACAGGUUCAAGUCCCCACAAGGAUAUAA